AUGCAGGAAGAGUUUAAUGCUCUUCAACUCACUGGUACUUGGCAUUUGGUACCCCACUCUCCGUCUCAGAACAUUGUUGGUUGCAAAUGGGUGUUCAGAAUUAAGAGAAAACCUGAUGGUACGGUGGACAGGUAUAAGGCUCGGUUAGUGGCCAAAGGAUUUCAUCAAAAAGAGGGUGUUGACUAUCAAGAUACUUUCAGUCCAGUAGCUAAGCCUGUCACCAUUCGUAUUCUGUUAACCUUGGCUGUUCAACAUGACUGGUUUCUCCAUCAAUUGGACAUUAGCAAUGCCUUUUUACAUGGAGAUCUCAAGGAAGUUGUUUUUAUGACUCAGCCCCCUGGUUUCAUUGACUCCAAUCUUCCUAGUCAUGUCUGCCACCUCAAGAAAUCUCUGUAUGGUUUAAAACAAGCCCCCAGGGCUUGGUUUGAUCAACUGUUCCAAGUUCUGUGCACUCUUGGGUUUAAGCAGUCCUCCUCUGAUGCUUCUCUAUUUGUUCUUCAAGCUUCAGCUCCUGUUCUUGUUUUGGUCUAUGUCGAUGACAUUCUUGUCACCGGACCAAAUGCCAUUCUCUGCCAACACUUCAUUCACAAACUUAGCCAAGCAUUUCCUGUUAAGGAUAUGGGCCCUCUUCAUUAUUUUUUGGGUUUGGAGGUGCAACGCAAUUCUGAAGGCCUCUUCAUGCAUCAAAGUAAAUACUCUCUUGAUCUUCUAAACAAGGCAAAUAUGGCAGGUGCCAAGCCUUGUGUCUCUCCUCUUGGUACCACUAAACUUGAUCACAGUGGUCAUUUACUCUCUAAUCCCACUGAAUACAGGUCUAUAGUGGGUGGUUUACAGUAUCUCACUUGGACCAGGCCUGAUCUCUCCUUUGCUGUAAACCAAGUUUGUCAGUUCAUGCAUUCACCACGGGAACAACACCUGCAAGCUGUCAAACGCAUUCUUCGAUUUCUCAAAGGCACUCUUACUCAAGGUCUUUGGUUUAAAAAGGGUUCUCUUGCCCUCACUGCUUAUUCUGAUGAUGACUGGGCCGGUUGUACUUUUGAUAGACGAUCUACUACUGGCUUCUGUGUUUUCUUAGGUCCCAAUCUGAUCAGUUGGAAUGCUAAAAAGCAACCCACUGUUGCCCGGUCCUCCACCGAAGCUGAAUAUCGAGCUUUAGCACAUACUGCCGCUGAAAUCACCUGGAUUUGCAAGGUGUUUUCUGAUAUCCACUUUCCCCUGUCUACCGUUCCAACUCUUUGGUGUGAUAACAUUUCAGCCAUUUCUCUUGCCUCCAAUUUGUGUUUCAUGCUCGGACAAAGCAUGUAG